AUGACGGAAGAGCAGCAGAUGGGCUUUACUGGGCCUUACUGGGCCUUGCCGGGUCUCGGACCUGUAACAUGGGAUGGUCGACUAGUAAUAGAGGAUCUUGUGCCGCUGGGGACCACUGACCACUCACUGGUGGGGGGAGGUCUUUGCAUGCCCGAUACGCGGGAGGCACGAGCGCCAGCUUCAGCUUUUCCUUCUCCUGCUGCUUCUGCUUCUCCUUCUCCUUCUGGUGUCGAGCUGACAGGCCACCAGCCCAAAUCAGUGUCAGCCACACUCGUGGCCGAUAAGAAGCUAGCAAACCACCAGGAGACCCACUUACGGCCACCGAAAGCCCCUGGCUCCGUACCGAGGCUCGACUGA